CUGCCCUUGGCGCUUUCCCAAGAGAGUCCUCUCAUUCUUGCAUCUCGGAGGGGUGUAAAGGUAAAAUUAGACACUGGCCUCAGAGACAGACAGUGACCUCUCCGGCUCUCCCUCCUCCGCCAGCACUCGCACGGCCCAAGCCGACCCAACUGGACUGGACUGGAAAGGAGUGAAGAAGAAGAAGAAGAAGAGGAGGAGAGAAUAGGAGAAAAAUGGCGAGCGCUCUACUGUCGGCCUCUCUCUUCCACCCUUCAAAAAACGGAGAUGGUGGGCUUUGCAUGAGGAACUUCAGGAGCUCAGUCUAUGGCAAAGUGCCCUCCAAUCCUUCUUCUAUAAGAAAGGAAGCUGCUCAUUUAGGAGGCCGCCUUGUGAUUAACUCAGCGCUCGGAAGAAGGGCCACCAAGAGAGAGACUGUCAUUCCAGACCCGGAUUAUCGAAUCCCCAUAGUCUUACUCGGUUUAGCUGGUGGGUUAGCUUAUACAAAUAAUCUGUUGCCUGCUGCACCGGCUGGCCUUCUUGGACUGCUAUUAUUGUUUCAGACAACAAGGGUGCGAUUUGUCUUUGAUGAUGAAGCUCUGGAAGUAAAAAUUGGAGAGCAGCUCCAGGAAUCAGGUGAAAAUGUCUUUGUAGGAGGUAAAAACCGCUGGAAGUAUUCAACGUUCGUGAACUGGGAGCUCUGGUGGCCAAAUUUUCCUAUUCUGGUUUACUUCAAGGAGACACAAACGAAGCCUGAAGGACAAGUUCAUUUCUUCCCAGUGAUUUUUAAUGGGAAACAGCUUUAUGAUGUGAUGGUAGAGAGAGCAGGCCCUUCAAAAACUAGCGGUCCAAAACAGUCUUAAAAGGUAUGAGAUUGGUCAGUAAAUUAGUUUGAAGCUUUCACUGGCGUUUCUCCACUAUAGACCUAAAAUUUGUAUACAUGUAUGUACUCACCAAUAUGUAUUUUCAGACCUCCAGCAUGGCAAUGGAAUGAUCAGUUUUAUGUACAUAAACUCUUACCAUGUUAUAUGUAUAUGCAUACAUAUGUGUGUACAGGUAUUAACUAAGUAAUGAUGUUAUAUUGGAUGUUCUUUGGGUCC